UUUUCUUGAAAAUAGAAACACUGAAAAAUCCUCGGGUGCCUAUCUUCUUUUUUACAGAAAGAAAGUAAUUGUUGCAGAAUCUGGCAUGAUGGAUCAUAACCCAUGUACCACUCGGGACAAAACAGAAAUACCUAAUGAAAAUUCAUAUUGCAUGGGUAGUAGAGCUCAAAAUGGGUCUAAUAUAACAGAAAUUACAGAUGAGGAUAUAUUGGAUUCUUUGUCCACUGAAGUUAAGCCUGAGGCCACGGAUCCUGGGUCAGGAGAACUAAUUGAGUCUGAAGAGAUCACACAAGUAAAGAUAGAAAUAGAUUUACAAAACAAGGAGAGUGGUGAGCAGAGAUUGAAACAGGCUGAUGAGAAGAUCAAUAAUUGUAAAGAAGACUCAGAUUUAUCUGCACAGAUUUCUGACAGUAAAGGAUUCAAUAAUCAUUCACAAAGUUCAUUGAAUCAAGAUCGCCCUCAUCUGGAUGAUGAUCCCCAAAGGAGAAAUGAAAUGACGACUGAUGCUUCUGAAACACAGACACAAGAAAGGGAUGACGAUGGAGAAGCAGGUUUUCAUCGAGACAAUUCAAAGACAGAUGACAGGGGAGAAAGUAGACAAAAGGUGGAUCAGAGUCAGAUUACCGAAAAUAGUGUGAGGAAUAAAAAAGGUCAAGGAAAGAAAGAGAACAAAGACAACACUAUCAGCACAGGAAAGGAUCUGUCGAGUCAGCGUAAACGUAAACAUGGAGAUGUAGGAGAGGACAGCCAGGCAGGAACAAAGGUAAGGCAAAUGGAAGAGAACGCUGACAAUCCUGCACAGACAUACAAUGAUGGAAAUGCAGAGGAUACACAGAAGAGACACACUAGACAAAAAAGACGUACUAGCCAUGAGACACAAAAGAAGCUAGACUUGAAGAAAACUCCAAAAUACAAAAGCUAUCCAAUAAGGGCAACACUGACAGGAGACCAUGGGGCUGAGAGAGACAAAGAAACAAAUCAACAAAAAGUUCAAGCUGACACAAGUAAAGGAUCAGAGGUCGCCGUAGCCACAGGAGAUCAUUCAAACCAGUCAGCACUUUAUUUCACGACUGUAGGAGGAGAUAGCUUGGAUGUUUCUGCUAAUAGUAAAGGCGAUAAUGAAAUAAAGAUAGAAUCUGUUCAGGAAAAGUCACAUGACAGCCUCAAAAGAAAGGAAAUGAACAAUGACGGAAACGGUACCAGAGGAUCAGACCAUCAUUUAUUGCUUUUUGCAAAAGAAGAGGAGAGGCCCGUCUCUGAACCCCUUUUACCUGAAAAACAAAAUCACACAUCAAAGGAAGUCACCAGAGAAGCAAAUGAAGACGAAUGCUGUGUGAGAAUUGUCCCUGGUGCUGAGCUUGAAACGCUUCAACAAGAGGGUGCUCUGAAAAAAGUAUCUUUAUGUAAGCCAUCUGUUCUGUUUCUCCUGUUUCUAGCCCUGAUGUGUUGUGUUUUGGCCCCACUGGCUGUGUGGCUGCUCUGCUCUGCUCUCCUCCCCAUGUAAUUAGUGGAAACAGAGACACCUGCAAUGGUCCUGCUUACCUCCAUUGGGUUCACCUGUGAUCAUGCCUAUAAAUGCAAUGAAGCCUUCUAGCCCAUUGCUUUGCCCAAAGGUUAAUUACGCUGUGCCCUAUUUUCUGUGUAAACCAGUUGCUGCAGUUAUACCACAAUCGUCUAGUAACUUCAAUAAACCACCUCAAAAAACAAAAUAACAUAGCAGUGUGUGCAAUGCUGUCACAAGUUUUUUGUCCAACCAUAUCAAAUAACUACAUCUUUUGGUUUCCAUUUAUAUCUGCCAUCUGUUUUCAGUUCCUAAAAUGAUUUGCAUCCAAAGUGAUCCAUCUCAUAUGUUGGCCGUCAUUGGUGACUGUGUUUUCUUUUGUGGCAUAGUCUAAGAAAAAUUUCAAUGAAUAUACUUGGUGUAAUUGUGUCUCAGGAAUGCAUGCUUAUCAUAUUUUUGUUCAUUAAUUAACAUUAUCUCUGUAAUAAAUACAACAUGAAUAAACAUGG